AUGCCUCUCCUCUCGUCCAGGCCGCUCUACGCCCAGAAGGCCGACGAGUAUUACCAACCCCCUCCCAAGGGCCAGCCAUAUUCCAUCACCAUCCCCGGCUCGGAGAAGCCCAGUCGCACCCCCGUCUACCGCCAUCGUCAAUGUCGGGAUGGAAUCCUCGAGACUCUCGACCCCUCCAUUACCACGGCCCAUGAAAUGUUUGAAUAUGCCGCCCAGAGAUUUCCUCACGCUCCAUGUCUAGGCUACCGUCCCUACGACUCGUCCAAACAGGCAUACGGACCCUACGAAUGGCUGGAUUACGAGACAGUGCGCAAGAGGAGGUCGGAUUUUGGCGCUGGGCUGGUCGAACUGCACGCGAGAGAAGGAAUCCAGGGCACCAACUACGGCGUUGGACUAUGGUGCCAGAACAGACCUGAAUGGCAACUCACGGAUCUGGCCUGCAUGUCCCAGUCGCUGUAUUCGGUCUCUCUCUACGACACACUCGGUCCCGACGCGUCCGAAUACAUCAUUCAACACGCCGAAUUGGCCGCCGUCGUUUGCUCUCUCCCACACGUCCCGACGCUCAUCAAGUUGAAGCCGCGCAUCCCGAACCUCAAAUUCCUUGUCGUCCUUGACCCUCUUGAACCGGGACCCAACGAAAAGCCAGAACUGUCGAAACAGCAGCUCCUCGACGCCAUGGCGGCAGAUGUUGGACUCAAAAUAUACUCACUCGAUGCGGUGGAAAAGCUAGGAGCAUCUCUGGGGAAACCAAACAACCCGCCCAAACCCUCAGAUCCCAUCACCAUCAACUAUACCUCUGGGACCACCGGAGCCCCGAAAGGUGUCCUCCUCACCCACGCAAUGUGCGUAGCAGCCACUUCCGCCUCCCUCAUCUCAAUUUCAGUCAAGGAAAAUGCCGUCGCAAUGAGCUAUCUGCCCCUUGCCCACAUUUACGGUCGCUUGCUCGAACACACUGCUUUCUGGAGUGGUAGUCGGAUCGGCUACUUCCACGGCAACAUUCUCGAACUUGUGGACGACAUCAAACUCCUCCGUCCUACCAAUUUCGCCUCCGUACCUAGAUUGCUGAAUCGAUUUGGUGGAGCGAUCAAGGCCAACACGGUCGAGCAGCCUGGCGUCAAGGGUGCAUUGAGCCGCUACAUUGUCCGUACGAAACUGGCCAACUCGAAUCCCGCUCCGAGAUCCCCCGGAUCCGCUCCGCCAAGCCCGACCUACAACCACGUGAUCUACGACCGCAUCUGGGGCCGCAAGGUCUCUUCCGCCCUGGGUCUUGAUCGUGCAGCCACCGUCGUCUCGGGCUCAGCACCGUUGGACCCCUCACUGCAACAGUUCCUACGUGUCGCUCUGUCGUCCAGGGUGUAUCAGGGAUAUGGAUUGACAGAGACGUACGCCAUUGCACUAACUCAGCCAGCCGAUGAUUUUUCCGUCGGCAACUGUGGCGGUGUUGUCCCCUGUGUAGAAGCAUGUCUGAUCUCGGUGCCCGACAUGGAGUACAGUGUUGAAGAUAAGCCGUAUCCACGUGGUGAACUCUUGCUGCGAGGCGCGUGCGUGUUCCAAGGGUACUACAAGAACCCAGAAGAAACAGCCAAGGCGUUCACGGAGGAUGGCUGGUUCAAGACGGGCGAUAUUGCCAGUGUGGACGAGCUAGGCCGGUUCCGAAUCAUCGACCGCCGCAAGAACGUCCUGAAACUGGCGCAGGGAGAGUACAUUUCGCCGGAGCGCAUCGAAGGCGUGUACCUGUCUUCCUGCACGUACUUGGCGCAAGCUUUUGUGCACGGCGACUCGUCCCAAACCUCGCUGGUUGCCAUUUUUGGCAUUCAACCGGACGUGUUUGCGCCCUUUGCGUCCAAGAUUUUGGCACGCGACAUCUCGCCCACCGACGUCCCCGCGCUGCUGCGCGCAUGCGACGACCCCAAAGUCAAAGAGGCGGUCCUCAAGGAUCUAGACAAGUGCGGCCGCCGCAAGAAAUUCGCGGGGUACGAACGCGUCAGGAGUUUCAAACUCAUGCUCGAGCCCUUCACCAUUGACAACGAGCUGCUCACCCCGACCCUGAAAUUGAAGAGGCCUGUUGCCGUCAAACGGUUUCGGGCGUUGUUGGAUGACUUGUACAAGGAGGACGCGGAGAUGCGGACGUCAAAGGCAAAGUUGUAG